AAGACUAAAGUUACAGCCACUGUAGGGUCUUGGGUUGGGAAGUCUUAGAGUGCAUUAAAACAAUGGGAAAGGUCAAAGGUUAUUGUUGGUGUGAGGAAACUUGGGCUUGUUUGUUAUUUUAUGUUGCUUCCCUUCCAUUCUUUGAUUUGAUUGAUAUAUGGAAUAUAUCUAAACUCAGCAAAAAAAGAAACGUCCCUUUUUCAGGACCCUGUCUUUCAAAGAUAAUUUGUAAAAAUCCAAAUAACUUCACAGAUAUUCAUUGCAAAGGGUUUAAACACUGUUUCGCAUGCUUGUUCAAUGAACCAUAAACAAUUAAUGAACAUGCACCUGUGGAACGGACAUUUAGACACUAACAGCUUACAGACGGUAGGCAAUUAAGGUCACAGUUAUGAAAAUGUAGGACACUAAAGAGGCCUUUCUACUGACUCUGAAAAACACCAAAAGUAAGAUGCCCAGGGUCCCUGCUCAUCUGCAUGAACGUGCGUUAGGCAUGCUGCAAAUGUAGGCAUGAGGACUACAGAUGUGGCCAGGGCAAUAAAUUACAAUGUCCGUACUGUGAGACUCCUAAGACAGCGCUACACGGAGACCGGAUGGACAGCUGAUCGUCCUCGCAGUGGCAGACCACAUGUAACAACACCUGAACGGGAUCGGUACAUCUGUACAUCACACCUGUGGGACAGGUACAGGAUGGCAACAACUGCCCGAGUUACACCAGGAACAUACAAUCCCUCCAUCAGCGCUCAGGCUGUCCGUAGUAGCGUGAGAGAGGUAGGACUGAGGGCUUGUAGGCCUGUUGUAAGGCAGUUCCUCACCAGACAUCACCGGCAACAACGUCGCUUAUGGACACAAACCCAUCGUCACUGGACCAGACAGGACUGGCAAAAAGUGCUCUUCACUGACGAAUCGCGGUUUUGUCUCACCAGGGGUGAUGAUCAGAUUCGCGUUUAGUCGAAGGAAUGAGCGUUACACCGAAACCUGUACUCUGGAGUGGGAUCAAUUUGGAGGUGGAGGGUCCGUCAUGGACUGGGGCGGUGUGUCACAGCAUCAUCGGACUGAGCUUGUUGUCAUUGCAGGCAAUCUCAACACUGUGCGUUACAGGGAAACAUCCUCCUCCCUCAUGUCGUACCCUUCCUGCAGGCUCAUCCUGACAUGUCCCUCCAGCAUGACAAUGUCACCAGCCAUACUGCUCGUUCUGUGCACGUGGAGUGCAAGUCUAGCUGGUUCCAAAGUGGAACAUCCAGGAGUUUGUCCCAACAAGCUGAAUGCUAACCUUUGGGUUGAUGCACAAAGCACCUGCGAACGGGAAUGUGAAGUUGACGAGGACUGUGCUGGCUUUGAGAAAUGCUGCACCAAUGUGUGUGGACUCUUCAGCUGUGUGGCCGCCCGUUUCUCUGAUGGCACCCCUGCUCAGCCGGAUGGCCAGGGCGGAGGAGAGAAGGGCUCCGGGGGCCAGGGCUCCAUCGCCACCUGCCAGGGCUUCAUCUGCAGCCAACAGGGGGCCACCUGCGACAUCUGGGAGGGCCAGCCCAUCUGCAAGUGCCAGGACCACUGCGAGAAGGAUCCCAGCUUCACCUGUGCCUCCGACGGACUCACCUACUUCAACAAGUGUUACAUGGAUGCUGAGGCGUGUACACAGGGUGUGACGCUAACUGUGGUGACCUGCCGGUUUCAUCUAUCUGGGCCUCAAACAAGUCCACUCCCCCAGGACACAACAGCCAAUCCGACGCUGAUGACCUUCCUGGAAGACCCCAUUCCCCCAACGCUCUUCUCCAACCCCAGCCACCAGUCGGUCUACAUAGGCGGCACGGUGAGCUUCCACUGCGAUGUAAUGGGUGUCCCGCGGCCCGUCGUGACCUGGGAGAAGCAGAGCGAGCGCCACGAGAGCCUGGUAAUGCGGCCCGACCGGAUGUACGGCAACGUGGUCAUCACCAACAUCGGCCAGCUAGUCGUCUACAACGCCCAGGUGUGGGACACAGGCAUCUACACUUGCGUCGCCCGAAAUGCAGCUGGUGUCCUCCGCGCCGACUACCCUCUCUCUGUCAUCCGUCGGAACGAGGACGACAUCUUCUCAGAGGACCCCGAGAUGGCGGGAAUGCCUAUGGGGCCCCCGUUUUCGCCCGCCGACUGCCUGGCGGAGCUGGACCGGAGGGAGUGCUCCGCCGAGCGCUACGUUGACUGGUACUACGACGCCGAGCAAGGUACCUGCUUGGCCUUCUCCAACGGGGGCUGCGAUGACAGCCGUAACCGCUUCGAGACCUACGAGGAGUGCCAGGCAUCCUGCCAGAGGGAGGGGAUGGGAAUCUGUUCCUUACCUGCGGUCCAGGGCCCCUGCAAGAGCUGGGAGGCCCACUGGGCCUGGAACUCACUCUUGAAACAAUGCCAGGCCUUUGCUUAUGGCGGUUGCCAGGGCAACAGCAAUCGCUUUCGAUCCAAGAAGGAGUGCGAGGCAAACUGUCCGCAGUCCAAACGACGAGCCUGCAAAACAUGCCGGGCCAAAGGUAAAAUCGUCCCGAGCCUGUGCCGGAGCGAUUUUGCCAUUGUCGGUCGGUUGACGGAACUGAUCGAGGACCUCGAUUCUGGGAUCGCCCGUUUCAGACUAGAGAAGAUCCUCCGCGACGAGAAGAUGGGCUUGGCAUUCUUUAACACCCGCCACCUGGAGGUGACCCUGGCUAAGAUGGACUGGAGCUGCCCCUGCCCCAACAUCACCAUGGAGGAGGGCCUCCUAUUGGUCAUGGGAGAUGUACAGGACGGCAUGGCCGUGAUACACCCCGACAGCUACGUCAGACCCAUCUCCGAUAAGAGGCUGAAGAGGAUUCAUGAAGUCUUGGAGAAGAGGACCUGUGAGAUGCUGCAGAGGUUCCGGGACUAG